CCCCUAAACCUCAACCCCGACAUCACGGUUGAUCCAGCGCCGUAAGUCACCACCUCGCUUUCUCACUUGGAGGUUUAUUUUUAGCCCUCAAACAACUGCUCUCCUAAAAAUGGGCCUGGCCUGCAUGUACGGCUGGAGGUGGAGCGCUGCUAUGUAUGGUUUCCUCCCCGCACUCAAAGCCUCUUUCUCCUCUGGUGAGGCGUGAAGGAGCAGACACAGCGGGGGUACACAAAAAAAAGGAUGCACGGAAAAGUCAUACUUCUGGAGACAACUCGGGAUGCAUGAUUGCCGCCACUGACAGGACUUUGUCGCUCCGAUUGUGACGGAUUUCCACUCUAACCUUUCCCGGGGCCUGUGUGACCUUUGCGUCCACGCACCGUGAACCCAAACCUCUCUUGUGGACGUUGGGGGCUUGUAGCUCGUAGCGAAGCACCAUGUUCUCCCUGUGGCUGUUCCUGCUCCCGUGCCUCAGCCUCGGCCUCGUACCCCAAGCCCGGGCCGAGAAGGGCUUGGAGUUCCCACAGUAUGACGGGAAAGACCGCGUCCUCGACAUCAACGACAAGAACUACAAAAAAGCCUUGAAGCAGUACGGCAUGCUCUGCCUGUUCUACCACGAGCCCGUGGCCGACAACAAGGAGCAACAAAAACAACACCAGAUGACCGAGUUGGUGCUGGAGCUUGUAGCUCAGGUCAUGGAGGAGAAAGACAUCGGCUUUGGAAUGGUGGACUCCCACAAGGACGCAAAGGUGGCGAAGAAACUAGGCCUGGAGGAGGAAGGCAGCGUGUAUGUUUUCAAGGCCGAUCGGGUGAUCGAGUUUGAUGGCUGGCUCUCUGCAAACACCCUGGUGGAGUUCUUGUUGGACUUAUUGGAGGAGCCAGUGGAGUUGAUUGACAACGCUCUGGAGUUGAGGGCCUUCGACAGGAUGGAGGAGGACAUUCGGGUCAUAGGUUACUUCAAGGGCGAGGACUCCGAGCACUACGAUGCCUUCAAGGAGGCCGCCGAGCAGUUCCAACCCUACAUUAAGUUCUUUGCCACCUUUGACAAAUCUGUGGCCAAAGAGCUGACCCUGAAGUUGAACGAGGUGGACUUCUACGAGCCCUUCAUGGAGGAGCCGGUCACCAUCCCAGGAAAACCUCAUUCCGAGGAAGCCCUGGUGGAGUUUGUGAACGAACACAGACGGCCAACUCUGAGAAAGCUGCGUGCCGAGGACAUGUUUGAAACCUGGGAGGACGACAUGGAGGGCAUCCACAUUGUGGCUUUUGCAGAAGAAGAGGAUCCAGAUGGUUUUGAGUUCCUGGAGAUCCUGAAGGAGGUGGCCCGCGAUAACACGCACCUUCCUGAGCUCAGCAUUGUGUGGAUCGACCCGGAUGACUUUCCCCUGUUGCUUCCUUACUGGGAGAAGACCUUCAAGGUGGAUCUCUUCAGGCCUCAGAUUGGUGUGGUCAACGUCACAGAUGCCGACAGCGUGUGGAUGCUGAUGGACGACGAGGAGGACCUGCCCUCAGCCCAGGAGCUGGAGGACUGGAUCGAAGACGUGCUCUCUGGGAAAAUCAACACAGAAGAUGACGAUGAGGAUGAAGAUGACGAUGAGGAUGAAGAUGACGACGACGACGAUGACGAUGACGAUGAGUAACCGUCGUGUCCAACUUGAACAUACAGCAUUUCCAACACCGUACCGUAAUAUGUGAAGACUGAAAAUACAUACAUUUAAUCAACAUACAUGUAUUUUAACAACUGUAUGUGUACCAUAAAUAAAUACCACCUGGUUAACAUGAUGACAUUCAUAAUCAAUAAUGGACGACAAUUCAUUCAGCCUGCUGGAAGGCCGUAACGCAUUGAUACAACAAUUUGCAUUCACUAAUAGGAAUAUUAAUAAAUGAAACUGGGUGGUUAUUGUGAAUUUGUGUGUAUUUUCUCUUAAGAUGUCCUUUAAAAAUCCUUUAAAGACCCUCAAAGAAACAAUACAAGCAGUUGAUGUUUGCUAAAUCCAAGGAUGAAGAGUCUUGAACCAGUCAUGAUGUGCUAUAUAUAUCACUAUAUUGACACGCACUAUGGUACACAUUAUGGCAUUGGAUGCUCAUAUCACAGAGUACUUUGGUACGGGACAAAAAUAAAAAAAUAAAAAAAUAAUUCAUUCAUUUUCUACCGCUUUUCCUUAAAAAAUAAAACAAAAAACAAAAAAAAAACUAUAUUAGGAAAGCAGGAAGUGAACAAAUGUAGUAGUUAUUGAUUGUAAAAGUACCAGAUGGAGGGGUAGGAUUUAAUAAGCUCACAAUACAUGAAAAUAUGAGCUGGAAACCUCAUAUUACAAAUAUACAACAUAAGGUGGCCAGAAAUAUUUCAAUAUUGAACAAAGCAAAAUUUGUUCUCAAUCAGAAAUCACUCCACACUCUUUAUUGCUCUCUGGUUCUACCAUAUCUUACUUAUUGUGUGGAAAUAUGGGAUAAUAACUAUAAAAGCAGUCGUCACUGGCUAAAUGUACUGCAAAAAAGGCUAGUAAGGAUAAUUCAUAAUGCCACCUACAUUUAUUUCACAAAUACUUAAACUUGCUCAUAUCACCUUGUACUUCAGUACGUGACAAAAAUAAAAUAAAAAAAAAACCUUAAACUAUAUUAGGAAAGCAGGAAGUGAACAAAUGUAAGAGUUAGUGAUUGUAAAAGUACCAGAUGGAGGGGUAGGAUUUAAUAAGCUUUGCUUCUUCCUACUCCUUUUGGACAUGUGGAACUGGGAACUGAUUAUGGGAUGCACUCAAUUGGAAUCUGAUGCAUGUUCAAAUGAAAUAAAACCAUUACCAUUACCAUUACCAUUAGCAUUACCAUUACCAUCAAUUGUUUGUCCCUGGUGACAAAAACAACGUCGGCUUCCCAAAAUAAUGCUCUAAAAACGCUAACCUGACGACCAGGCUAAAGGCGACACGUGACUCUUUAUUGUUUCUGUUCAAUGACCAAAAUAUUUAAUAUUUGAAAUGAGUUUUUUAAAAAAAGCGAUGAAAGAAAGGGAGAAGUUUUGGAACCCAAUCUCGUCUAAUAAGUUGAGCCAAAAUCAUCAGCGAGUAGGAGAGACUUUUUUUGUCAUUAGGAACAAAUGUGCCACUUUUUGUGUCCAAUUAAAUAUAGAAUAUUGCAUUUAUUAUAUUGUUAUUAGGGAUGUUUGAUAAUUAUCGGCCCGAUAUCAGCAUAAAAAUGCGAUAUCGGUAUCUGAUUUUUUCCCGAUCAUUUAAAACAAUGCAAUCAAUUUAAAACAAUCCAUCACAGGAGAUAUAUCAUGUUACACAUAUCUGUAUCGGAAAUUGAGAGUUGGACAAUAUCAUUAUAUGGAUUUCCAGCAAAAAAGCCAAUAUCAGCCAUCCCUAAUUGUAAAUUAUUAUAAUGAUUGUAUUUGUAGGAAGAUAAAAUCCAAAAAAGCGAAUAUAUUUAUGUAAUUUCUUUUUGAAUUAACCAUUAAAAACAGCUAAAAUCAAUAC